AUGCCUAAAGCAAAAAAAAGAACGUCUUUGGCUGCUAAAGCAGCAAACAAAUUAAAUAAGGGAGACGACGGGCAUAAGUCUGAAGCAGCAGGUUCUGUCAGGCAAGAAGCCCGUGAAGAUGUAAAGGACGAAAACUUGAAAGUACCUAGAGAAAGUAAGCUUGAUAAAAGGAAAGAAAGACAUGAUGCUUGGCAACAAAAGUUUAAUACGAAGACAAUAUCCUCUUCAGCUCGUAGGCGACGCAAUCGCAAGCAAAGAGAGAAUUUACAGGUGAAUAUGUCUACAUUUGAAAAUAUUUUACCGGAGCUUGAGACUGAAAUUGAAGAAAGCGAGAAAAAACAAAAUCCAAUUAUAAAGGAUGCCUCAAUUACUAAGAGGACGAAAGCAUCAAUGAGGAACGAUACGGUGAAUGAAAUUGACAGAUUUCAAUCGAUUUUACAGCAUCCUUCGUUCAUGUCCAAUCCGCUAAAAACUGUUCAGGAACACUUGAGCAACUCGCUACCAAAAAAGGAAUAA